AUGAAGCUCCAGAACGUCGCUCCUCUGUGCCUUGUGGGCUGCGCCCUGGCCCUGCCCGCCAACGUCGAUAAGAAGAGACAGGAUCUCUCCGACCUGCCAUUCCCUGUUCCAUCCGGGUCUGUGCCAUCUGGGCUUAUUCCCUCUGGAUUUCCACUUCCUUCCCAGGGCCCAGGUUCCGAGCUGCCCACCCUGACGGUCCCCCCAGCCUCUCCUGUCGGAAAACGCCAGGACUUGACGGAUCUUUUGCCCUCAAGCAUCCCUCUUCCUUCUGGAUUGACGGACCUUCUGUCCCAGUUGGGGAUCACCCUGCCUUCAGAUAUUCCUCUGAAGAAGCGCCAGGAUUUGUCCAACCUUCUUCCCUCCGGUAUCCCGGUCCCGUCCGGCGUGUCCAACAUCCUCUCUGAUCUGGGCAUCACCCUCCCUUCGGACUUGCCGUUGAAGAAACGCCAGGAACUCGAAUCCCUUCUGCCUUCUGGCACGCUCCCUUCUGGUCUUCCCAUUCCCACUGGGGUGACUGAUAUCCUGUCUGAUCUCGGAAUCACUCUUCCCUCCGACCUGCCCAUCAAGAAGCGGCAAGACCUGUCGGCAAUCUUCCCAUCGGGCAUCCCUAUUCCAUCUGUGGCGACGGAUAUCUUGUCUGGUCUGGGCAUCAAUCUACCCUCGACCUUGCCCCUGCAAAAACGCCAGGACUUGGAGUCACUGAUUCCCACUGGCAUUCUGCCCUCUGGCCUACCGAUCCCGACUGCAGUUUCCGGUGUCUUGUCUGACCUGGGUAUCGCCAAGCGUGACGACAAGGCGCCUGAGGCCGUGCCCGCUGGUGUAUUCUCUGCCACCAAUGCCACCCAGCCCAGCAGCAGCAGCCUGCUCAAGCCAACCGGUGUCCCUCAGCAGCCUUCCAGCGGCGGUGUCGUCGAGCCCCUUGUCCACACCUCCAACUCUGUUGCAAACUCGACUGAGCCCGUCCGCAGCACCACGGCGCAGCCCUCUGGAGCCGCUGCGCAGCCCAUCGUCACUCCUCUUGCCAUUUUCCCGGGCUCCCCUGAGAUCCCUGUUGCCUCCCCCAGCUCUUCGGCUUCGGUCCGCAGCGCUUUCCCUUUCCGUGCUUAG